AUGGGGCGAGGGUAGCCUCUUCUACAGGGAUAGACAUCCUGCUGUUGGAUGAUUUCAACCUGGUCAUCAACGACGUUACGCACCUGGUGAGGCCGCCACGAAGAGAACUCUUAGCCAAUGAUGAGGCAGAGCGUCUGAACGACGUGAAGUUCCUGGUCCAGCAGCUCUACACCACCAUGCGUAUAGAAGAACAUCAGCUUAGUAAAGAGAAGGAACUGGUGGUCAGACUGGAGGACCUCAACUCACAGCUACGUCCUCUGGAGAAGGUGAGGGAGGAGCUGAGUCGUAAGGCGGAGCGUCGUACCACCUGGGUGCUGUGGGGGGGUAUGGCCUACAUGGCAACACAGUUUGGGAUCCUGGCGCGCCUCACCUGGUGGGAGUACUCCUGGGAUAUCAUGGAGCCUGUCACCUACUUCAUUACCUACGCCACCGCCAUGGCUAUGUACUCCUACUACGUACUCACACGCCAGGAGUACCUCUACCCUGACGCCAGGGACAGACAGUACCUGCUGUUCUUCCACAAGGGGGUGAAGAGACAACGUUUUGACAUCUACAAGUACAACGAGCUGAAGGACUCUAUCGCUGAGGUAGGCACUAACCCUAACCCCGACACCAACCCCGACACCAACCCCAACACCAACCCCGACACCAACCCCAACUACACACUACCCCGACACCCAACCCCAACUACGACACUAACCCGACACCACCCCGACACUAAACCCCGACACUAA